AUGUCGAGAGAAGGGGCCCCGGGGGCCCCCAAAAUUAAGAAGGAGAGGGGGGCCCCCCCAGCAGUACCCCGAGCAACUCACAAGAAGGAGCAGCAGGCCCCUGCUACAGCAGCAGCAGCAGCAGUAGCAACAGCAGCAGCAGCAGCAGCAGCAGCAACAGCAACAGUAAAGGUGAAGAAGGAGACCGACGGUGCCCAUGCAGUACCAAGGCAGCGUCAGCAGCAGCAGCAGCAGCAGAAGCAGCAGCAGCAGCAGCAGCAGCAGCAGCAGCAGAGAACAACUGAUACAAAGAGGGCCCCCAAACCCUCUUCUUCUAUUUCUUCUUCAUCACCUGAGGGGCCCCCAUCAAGGCCUUCCCAAGGGGGCCCCCAAGAGGGUACUAAUGGGGCCGCAGAGGGGCCCCCCAAGAGCCGCAGGGGGGCCCCCCGGGAGGGUACUGAAGCAGAGGCUGUAGAAACUCAGGGGGCCCCUUCAGGGCCCCCCCCAAAGGGUACUUCCAAGGGGGCCCCCAGAGGGGCCCCCAAAGGGGUACAGACGGGGGCCCCCAAGGGGUUAAAAGAAGAGGCCCCCGAGGGGGCCCCCUUGGGGGCCCCCCCCAAAGGGGGCCCCCCCAAGGGGAGAACCCCCAAGAGGGAACAGGAAGAGGCCCCUGGGGGCCCCCCCUCUGUGGUGGCCCCCAAAAGGGGGGCCCCCAAGCAUGAGGGGGCCCCCACGGAGGGGGCCCCCAAGGAUGGGGGGGCCCCCAGGGAGGGGGCCCCCCAAGGGGGGGGGGCCCCCAAGGAAGAGGGGGGCCCCUCUCGGCGGUAUAUGAAUUUAUUGAAAGUAAGAAAUGUGAUGGAGGUAGAAGGAGAAGAAGAGCUGGAGAGCGAUGAAGACGAUGAAAAAAACAGAGUCGGAAAUAUACCCCUUUGGUGGAUAAUGAAUAGACAAUUCCCUGAUGCGAGGUUUAACGAUGAAGAAGAAUGGAUAGAAGAAGACAACACAGACAGGCUUAGGGAGGAAGAAGAGUGGAAAGCGAUGCCGCCAGAGAGCCGCCCCCUUUCUUUUAUACCCCAAAAAUUUUCUUCACUAAGAAGGGUUCCGCUGUAUGCACAGCUGCUCAAAGAACGUUACAACCGUUGUUUGGACUUAUACUUAUGCCCUCGUGCUCUGAAGCAGCGUAUGAAUGUUGCUGCUGCAUCGCUGCUGCCGCAGCUGCCGAACCCCAAAACCCUCAAACCCUUUCCCUCUAUUCUUUCUCUUUCUUUUCUUCCUCUCUGCAUGCAUGCACAAAGGGUGCCGCGCCCGCAGCCCCUUAGGGGUUUUCUUCUCCCUUACCCAGACCCCAAACAUAAACCCAUUCACUGGGAUUCAGCUCCUGCUGCUGCUGCUGCAGCUGCUGACAGCAGCAGCAGCAGCAGCAGCAGCAGUACUGGCAGCAGCAGCAGCAGCAGCAGCAGCAGCAGCAGCAGCAGUUUGUUGGGUCCUGUUGGUGCUGCAGUUCGUGUUGUUGCUGCUGAUGCUUCCGGUAGUUUUGUUGCUGCUGGCAGCAGCGAUGGCUGUCUUCGUAUAUUUGAGGGUUUCUCGGGCCGCAUCGUUGCUGCUUUGCUGCUGCAGCAGCAGAUAACUGCUGCUGCUUUUCACCCCACACUUCCUAUUCUUGCUGCUGCUGCAGCAGAACAGCUGCUGCUGCUAGCCCUAGACGAUGCUGUCUUUGAUGAUGUUUCCCUGCAGCAGCUAGCUGCUGCUGCUGCAGCACAAACUGCAGCAGCAGCAGCAGCAGCAGGACCUGCGAAAAAGAAGCGCUCUGCUGCUGCAUCAACUGCAGCAGCACCAGCAGCAGCAGCAGCAGCAGCAGCAGCAGCAGCAGCAGGGACGCAAGAGGGAGAACCAGCUGAAGCAGCAGCAGCAGCAACAGCAGCAGCAGCAGCAGCAGCAACACCAAGUGCUAGAGCAUUGAUAGAUGAGGCCCUCGAUCUGCUGCUGCUGCGAACAGCAGCAAACGAAGAGCUGCCGGACCUGCUGCGUACAGCAGAAGAAGAGACAACCAGCAGCAGCAGCAGCAGCAGCAGCAGCAGCAGCAGCAGCAGCAGCAGCAGCAGCAGCAAGGAUCCAUAUGUUGUUGAAGCUACAGUAGGAAGCAAGUUGGUUGGUUGCUGGCAGCAGGUAUCGAUGCGGCACGCGAAAGCAGCAGCAAAGGCAGCAGCAAAAGAACUGCAGCAGCAGCAGCAGCAGCAAGAAGAACAGCAGCAGCAGCAGCAGCAGCAGCAGCAGGAAGCACAUGAACUAACUCUGCUGCUGAGAGGAGUGAAGCGGGCUGUCUUCAUAAUGCAUAGCGCACCCAUAACGCAGCUGAACACAGUUCAGGUGUAUCACUGCCGGGUGUACGAUGACCUCAUCACAAACCCUCUGAUUGUUCCCGUCAAAACCCUCAAGGAAGAAUAG